UUCUCGGUAUCACACUUCACAGACUCGAAUUAGCAUUGUCUCAAAAGUAAGAGACUUGGACAACAUACAUCAGCGGCAAAAGAACUCCAUAACCACUACCGACAACAUCAAAAUGUUUGGCUUUGACGAGGGACGUGACCAGCGUGACGCUGUCUACAACGGCGAGCAUGAGGGCUCUUGGGGCCACGAGCUUGUCGCCGGUGGCGCGGCCUUUGAGGCUAUGCACCUGUGGGAGAACCACCAGCGGGCAGAGGGCCAGCCCGUAAGCCACGGCUUCGCCAAGGAGAUGAUUGCCGGCUUCGCCGGUGCCGAGGUCGACAAGCUCUUCGAGACCAAGGGCCUCGACUACAUCGACCGCGAGAAGGCCAAGCACGAGGCCAAGCGGCGCGCCGAGAACCUGUACGACCAGCAGUACGGCAACCAGGACCAGUGGACCCCUGAUUCGGAGCCCCACGAGUACCACCGGGGCCAGCCCCAGCCGUGGUAGAGCUUGCCAGGUGUAACGGGUCGAUGCGAGGUGGUUUCAGAGGCUGGGAUCUCUUUCGCAUGGACAUGAGAAUGAUAACGACUUAGCCAAAUGAUGAGAGAUGGUUCUCCAUGAGUUCAAGUGUCUUGAAAGCCUCCCUGCUUGGAGUGUAAAUACUUCCUGGAAGGCGCUCUGUGCAUCGUGAUGUGCUGGUGUUGAUGCCGCUUCAUUACUGGAUCUGGUGUGCUACGGGAUCCAGACUCACGUG